AUAAUUAUUCGAACAAUCAUCGUGAAAAAUUGUUGUUUUCGACCAGAGAAAAGAUGUUAUCGGAUCAAUCGACGUUUCGAAUAUUGUCCAUCGAAAGUCUUUCGGUCUUCGUGGACGUAUCUUAAAAGAUAUUCCAAGAGAUCAACAUGGAUGAUAACAAGCUGCAAGUAGACGAUGACAGCCAGCAAAACCACACUAAAAGGCGUAGCAGUUGGAGCACUUUUCUUCAUCCAGACGAUAACAGCCCGGUCGAGCAUCCAUUCAACGACGAGAAAUCGAGCGGUUCCGGAAACACCUCUCGCGCGUCCUCAGCCAGAUCGUCCAAGACGCCAAGGAUCAAUGCGCCAAGAUCUCCGGGAUUAACUUCCUCGGUCUACGCGAAUAAGGAUAUAAUUUAUGAGUCCGACAAAAACGGCUCGCUGGCUAAUGAAACGCCGGCGAGUAUCAAGAGAAAAUUGUCGAGAGCCAGCGUGUAUCCAUCUGGAACGAAUUUAAUCGCGCAGGAUGCCUUCGGUCCUAAACUCACGGCACCCGCUACUCCGGAAAUCAACCCCUCGCUACCGGAUACGCCAGUUUCGCUGGAUUAUGCUGAAACCGCUGGGGAUUCAUUGCCACCGAAAGAAACGGGAUACGAUCCUGAAGUACUUUAUUUUCGCGAUGGCCAUCGAAGAAUCGAUAUGGUAUUAGUCUAUCAGGAAGAGAAUGAAGGAGUCAUGACUGAAUUAGAAGCUCGUCGACGAGAACAAAGACGAGUUUUUCAACAAAAUCUUUUGAAAGAAGGCCUACAAUUAGAACUCGAGCCAAAGGAGAGUUCAUUUGAUGGGAAAACGUACUUCUUAAAAUUACAUAUACCUUGGAAAAUCAAGGUGCAAUAUGCCGAAGUAAUAGGUCUAAAAUUACCUACAAAGAGGUUCAAAACGAUCCCUAUGAAAACUUGGGAUACAGACGAUACCAAGGAAAUAUCGAAAUUCUGGGCACGAUGGGCUCGUUGGGCCGAAUGGACACAUAAGAUACAUACUUGGGAUACAUCAAAAUAUCCCGAGGAACCACAUUUUUAUGACUACAUAGAUUCUAGCGAUCGCGAAGAAAGGUUUAUUGUAAAGGAGAGAGAUAAUGCUUAUACGCCCGCCCAGAGAUCGUUAAUAGUAAUGCAAAUAUUAUUACGAGCGAGAUAUGAUGAGAAUCAUGAGAAAUCUGGUAUCCGCAGGCUUUUAGCGGACGGAACGUAUCUUGAUUGUUUUCCUUUGCACGAGGGUCCUUAUAACAAACCCAUGCGCAACGGAGAGAUUCUCGAUAGAUACUUGUUGUACUUAAUAUGGGCGAGACCUGCGCAAUGGUUUAAAAAACAGCCGUUAUGGUUAAUAAGACGAUAUUUUGGCGAAAAAGUCGCUCUUUACUUCGCAUGGUUAGGAUUUUAUACAAAAUGUUUGUAUCCACCAGCAGUGGUGGGAUUUUUGUGCUUUAUUUACGGUCUUGGAAGCAUGGAUGGUGAAGACAACAUUCCUAGCAAGGAAAUAUGCGAUCCUAACAUAGCUGGAAAUAUCACUCUGUGCCCUCUUUGUGAUAAAGCGUGUACCUAUCAAAGACUCGGCGAUUCUUGUAUAUUCUCGAAAUUAACUUACUUAUUUGAUAAUCCAGCGACUGUCUUCUUCGCCUGUUUUAUGUCUUUCUGGGCUACCACGUUUCUUGAACUAUGGAAACGACGACAAGCUGUGCUUGUUUGGGAAUGGGAUCUCCAAAAUGCGGAAUAUGAUGAAGAGCCCAGACCUGAAUUCGAGACGUCUGUUAAAACAUUCCGAAUAAACCCUGUGACGAAGGAAAAAGAACCGUAUUUGCCCGUAUGGUCUAAAGCCAUUCGAUGUUUGGCUACUGGCUCGAUGGUAUUUUUUAUGAUAUGCGUAGUCCUCGGUGCGGUUUUAGGAACGAUCGUGUACCGCAUUUCGUUAGUUGCCGUCUUUUACGGUGGAGGUGGUAGUUUUCUACAAAGACACGCAAAGAUAUUCACUUCCAUGACCGCCGCUCUCAUUAACUUGGUGAUAAUAAUGAUACUUACACGAAUAUAUCAUCGAUUAGCUCGUUGGAUGGUUAAUUUGGAAAAUCCGAGAACGCAGACGGAAUACGAAGCCAGUUAUACAUUUAAAAUAUUUUUAUUUGAAUUUGUCAACUUUUACUCUUCCUUGAUUUAUAUCGCUUUUUUUAAGGGGAGAUUUUUCGUUCAUCCUGGCGAUGCGGAUGCGAGAGCCUCGGAAUUUUAUCGCAUUAAAACAGACGUGUGCGAUCCCGCUGGCUGCCUUUCGGAAGUCUGUAUUCAACUUGCGAUUAUAAUGGUCGGUAAGCAAUGCUUUAAUAACUUUGUCGAAAUAUUGUCACCAAAGUUAUGGAAUUGGUGGCGUAAGAGAACGCAAGUCGCGGCGACAAAAAAUCACGAUAGAAGAUACACUUGUUGGGAGAAAGAUUAUCAACUUCAAGACCCAGGGAGAUUAGCUUUAUUCGAGGAAUAUCUAGAAAUGAUUCUGCAGUAUGGAUUUGUAACAUUAUUCGUGGCAGCGUUUCCGUUAGCACCUUUAUUCGCUUUAUUGAAUAAUAUCGCUGAGAUAAGAUUGGACGCAUAUAAAAUGAUCAAGGAGGCUCGAAGACCAUUGGCCGAGCGAGUAGAAGAUAUUGGCGCUUGGUUUGGUAUUCUUAGAGGUGUCACUUACGUGGCAGUGGUAUCAAAUGCCUUUGUCAUCGCGUACACAUCCGAUUUUAUUCCACGAAGCGUGUAUACAUUCGUUUAUUCGCCAACUGAAAAUUUGAUAGGAUACAUUGAUAGCUCGCUGUCAGAAUUCAAUACUUCCGAUUAUCGCGAUGAUAUGAAGAGCGAUGUGGAAGAUGAGCAUCCUGAGACUUGUCAGUACAGAGGCUACAGAAAUGGUCCAGAUGACCCUGCUGACCCUUACGGGCUCAGUCCGCAGUAUUGGCACGUUUUCGCCGCGCGUUUAGCUUUCGUCGUUGUCUUCGAGCACGUUGUUUUCGCACUUACCGGCAUUAUGAGCUACAUAAUACCGGCUGUACCGCAUUCUCUGACAACUCAGCUGCAUCGCGAACGAUUGAUCGCUCAGGAAGAAAAGUAUGAAAAGGAAAUAAGGGGAAAAGAAGACGAAGAUGAUUUACUUUCGGUUUUGAGAGACGCCGGAAGCAUUGGAAGAGGAAACUGGGCCAGACGAUUCAGUAAAUUGAGUGACGUUCUAGAUACUAACGCCGACGUCAGGCAUAGCAAACGCAGCGAUAGCUCUACAGUAUGGGAAGUCCCAUAAAAUCGAACGCGUUAUCUUAUAUACAUAUACAUUCCAGUCAUAAAACUCGGGAUUGCGUGAGAAUAAGAAAAAAAUAAA